UAUCGACGCCUUUGAAAACAUGGACCCCAAUAAAGUGGAUGGAGGAGCGAGCAAGAUGAGCGGUGACGGAGACAUUUCAUCCGUCAUGGGAUUUUCUGGGUUUGGUAAGAAAGCCCGCACAUUUGACUUGGAUGCCAUCUUUGAACAGACCCGACGAACAGCCAUUGAAAGGAGUCAGCAUGUUUUAGAGGAGCGAGAGAAGGAGAUGGAAGAGGAAGGGGAGAGCUCCAAGUCAGUCAAAUCAUCAAUCCAAAAUCAGAAAGACAAAGCAUCAGCAGCUGCUUCCAGAAAACAGGAGAGUGACAGCAGCAGUGACAGUGGCUCAGAGUCUGAUUCGGACUCUGAGCUUAUUGGGCCACCAAUGCCUCCUCAACACACAGCCCAGGAUGAUGAUGAGCUUGUGGGACCCCCUCUUCCACCCGGUUACACCGGCAGCGCGGCUCAGAGUGAUGAUGAGGAUCAGGAGGAACAAGAUGACGAUGAGGACAGUCCAGUGAAGAAGAUUCCAGACACGCAUGAGAUUACUCUGCAGCAUGGCACCAAGACGGUGUCAGCUCUUGCCUUAGACCCGUCUGGAGCCCGACUGGUAACUGGUGGAUAUGAUUAUGAUGUUCGUUUCUGGGAUUUUGCGGGCAUGGACCAGGCUCUGCAGGCCUUCAGGUCCCUGCAGCCUUGUGAGUGCCAUCAGAUCAAGACCCUGCAGUACAGCAUCACUGGUGACGUCAUUCUGGUCAUUUCUGGUAAUGCACAGGCCAAGGUGCUGGACCGUGAUGGCUUUAAUGUGAUGGAGUGUGUGAAGGGAGACCAGUACAUUGUGGAUAUGGCCAACACCAAGGGUCAUACAGCAAUGUUGAAUAGUGGCUGCUGGCAUCCCAAGAUUAAAGAGGAGUUCAUGACCUGCUCCAACGAUGGCACGGUGCGCACAUGGGACUUGAGAUCGGAGAAGAAGCACAAGGCUGUGUUCAAACCCCGCUCCCUUCAGGGAAAGAAGGUCAUACCCACAUGUUGCACCUACAGCCGUGAUGGGAAGUUGAUUGCGGCAGGCUGCCAGGAUGGCACCAUCCAGAUCUGGGACAGAAACCUCAGCGUCCAUACAAAAUUCCACUGUCGGCAAGCUCACACACCAGGAUCUGACACCUCCUGCCUCACUUUCUCCUAUGAUGGCAUGACUCUCGCUUCACGUGGGGGUGAUGACACUCUCAAGACGUGGGACAUCAGGAACUUCAGGAAGCCAGUAAAUGUAGCGACUGGAUUAACCAACUGCUUUGCAAUGACUGACUGCUGCUUUAGCCCAGAUGACAAGCUUCUUGUCACCGGGACGUCGGUGAAGAGAGAUGAGGGAAAUGGGAAGCUGGUUUUCUUUGACCGAGCAUCCUUUCAAAAGGUUUAUGAAAUAGAGGUCACCAGUGCGAGUGUCGUCCGCUGCCUGUGGCAUCCCAAACUUAACCAGAUCAUGGUGGGAACUGGGAAUGGACUGGCCAAAGUCUACUAUGAUCCAGUGAAAAGCCACAGGGGGGCAAAGCUGUGCGUGGUGAAGAGCAAGCGGAAAGAGAAACACGCAGAGACACUAACGCAAGAUUACAUCAUCACACCUCAUGCCUUACCCAUGUUCAGAGAGGCCCGACAGCGGAGUACACGGAAACAGCUGGAGAAGGACAGACUUGACCCCAAGAAGUCUCACAAACCUGAACCUCCUGUGUCUGGACCAGGUCGCGGAGGCAGAGUCGCUGCUCACGGCGGCACGCUGUCGUCUUUCAUCGUGAAGAACAUCGCUUUAGAUAAGACGGACGACAGCAACCCGCGAGCGGCCAUCCUGCGCCACGCCAAGGAAGCUUCAGAAAAUCCUUACUGGGUCGCCCCGGCGUACACACAGACACAGCCAGAGCCCGUGUUUGCAGAGGAGUCCGAAGAGGACGAGGAAGCUAACGACGAACCGGAGUGGAAGAAGCGCAAGAUCUGAGCGAUUUGAGCAGCAGAUGGUUUCAUACGGGAUAGUAGACACGGUGGGUCCAGAGCACCACAGCCGCGAGGUCUCAGGAUCAGUCUUAGAAGUUACUGUCAGACACGUAUAUAUUUGCUUCUUUGUUAAGAAGAAGAAUUUUAACGUUCGGGCAUUUUAAUUUAGUGGACGUCAUCUUAUCCUUUCAUUUAAAUUCCUUACAUUUUCCAAAGAUUUCUUUUGUCCUCAUACGUCCCCUGAAUUGGCCUCAAAAAUCAGCUCCAGAUUUUGUGGUUCUGGUUCUGUUGGUCAGCUGUGAAGAAAUACGACCGUUUCAUUUUAUUUUUUUUUAAUUUUGCUUUUUGUUAGUUUUUGUAUGAACCAGUACACAUCUCACAUUCACAAACUAACUUGAACCAACACACCUCUCUACGUGAGACGGUUCUCUACACAUCACUGAAUUAUGAUAUAAAAUAAAAUGACUGUGACAAUGUGAGCACCUCUGGGAGGUUUUUUAUUAAAAUUAGGGCUGACAAUAGAUGUAAUUAAAUAAAAAUGAAUUAAUUAAUCUCACAUAUUCGUUCAUCUAGAUUAAUCACGAUUAAUGAAGUUUGCUUUUCUUCUAAUGACUAAAUCAAUGAGGUAGGUGUCCAAAUGGAAGUCACAGAGCGAUCGGUGCCUAGAGUGGUAAGUUUAACACUUACUUUCCACUCGUUGGUGAUGUGGAGCAAUUCCUCUGCACAGGUCUCAGCAACAGUCAUUGGCAAAGGACCGCAGCUUCCAGUCAUUGUCAAUAAAUUGUGCCGUGUCACCCAGGUAACUUUUAUUUUAUCGAUGGUUCCGUCCCUUAAUUAUUUUUAAUCAUUGCGUUAAUCUCGGCCGUAUUAAUCGCAACAAUUAGCUAAGUUAACUUUGACAGCCCUAAUUCAAAUCUGUUGUGUUUCAGUGAAAGGCGUUUUGCUUGUUUUUCUACAAACUGUAUUCCACCUCAUAUAUAACGAAUUAAAUCUAAACUGAAAAGAUCUAUUUUUAUCAA